GAGAAAAGACAAGGGAGAAGGGAAGGAAGGAAGAUUUGGAGGGAAAAGAGGAGUGGAGAUGCCGGUGGCGAAACCAGAAAGGUGUGAUGGAAGGGUGAUUGCUCACGUUGAUUUGGAUUGCUUCUACGUUCAAGUGGAACAGAGAAAGCAGCCAAAUUUAAGGGGGUUGCCUAGCGCAGUCAUACAGUACAACUCAUAUAAAGGUGGCGCAUUGAUUGCUGUUAGCUAUGAGGCUCGCAACUUUGGAGUCAAACGUUCAAUGCGGGGUGAUGAAGCAAAGGAGACAUGCCCGCAAAUUCAACUGGUACAAGUUCCUGUUGCACGUGGUAAAGCCGAUCUCAACUCAUACAGGAAUGCAGGUUCAGAGGUUGUUUCGGUUCUUGCUCAGAAGGGUCGUUGUGAGAGGGCGUCGAUCGAUGAGGUAUAUCUUGACCUCACUGAUGCCGCUGAAACUAUGUUAAUGGAAACUCCUACGGAAAACAUGCAAGAUUUUGAGGAGGAAGUUCUCAAGUCACAUGUUUUGGGGCUUGAAAGUAAGGAUGGAAGCGAUGCCAAAGAAGAAAUUAGGAAGUGGCUUUGUAGAAGUGAUGCUGGUUACCAAGAUAAGCUAUUAGCUUGUGGAGCCUUGAUCGUUGCUGACCUCAGGAUGCAGGUGUUGAAUGAGACAGAAUUCACAUGCUCUGCUGGUAUUGCUCAUAAUAAGAUGCUGGCUAAACUUGCUAGUGCUAUGAACAAACCUGCACAACAAACGGUUGUGCCACACUCAUCUGUUGAAGGAUUGCUUGAGUCUUUGCCAAUAAAGAAAAUGAAACAGCUGGGAGGAAAGCUGGGGAGUUCCUUACAAAGUGAUCUUGGUGUCAACACCGUUGGUGAUCUGCUUCAGUUUUCAGAGGAGAGGCUACAACAACGUUAUGGGAUCAACACUGGUUCAUGGUUGUGGAAUAUUGCAAGAGGAAUCAGUGGGGAAGAAGUUGAGGGGCGAUUACUUCCCAAGAGCCAUGGUUCUGGCAAGACAUUUCCUGGGCCUCAGGCUUUGAAGACACUUGCUUCUGUUCAGCACUGGCUUAAUCAACUGUGUGAAGAGCUAAAUGAACGACUUCACACUGACUUGGAUCAAAACAAACGGAUUGCACACACACUGACCCUGCAUGCUAGAGCAUAUAAGACAGGGGUUUCAGAUUCACAUAGAAAGUUCCCUUCUAAAUCUUGUCCUUUAAGAUAUGGGACUAGAAAGAUUCAAGAGGAUGCCUUAAUUCUAUUUCAAGCUGGAUUACGUGAUUUCUUGGGGUUUUACAACUGUAAGAUUAAUAAUGGCAUCGAACAUAGCAACUGGGGAAUAACAUCACUUUCUGUAACUGCGAGUAAGAUUGUCCCCAUACCAUCUGGGACACAUUCAAUUGCUAAAUACUUUGGUGGGCGAUUUCAAUUUGGUUCUUCAUCAAAUCAAUCAUUAGAUAAUGUCAUUGUCGAAGCUGCACCAUCAUCACCUUCAGGUAGUGAAAAUUGUUCGGGAUUGAUUCCCUAUGAUAUGCAGCUCGAAUAUCUUGAAGAAGACACAGGAAUUGAACAUGCAAGGGCUUGUUUAGAUCAACAGGAUCCAUUUUGCAAUUUAUCCCGGAAAGUAGAUGGCUUGACUGAAGAGUCCUCCAUCAUAUCACCCCCAGGAAGUGAAGACAUAAUGACAGAGAGUGAGCCAUGUAGAGAUUUUCUUGCUAAAGAACCAAUGCUUGUUUCCAAUACAUCCCGUUUGAAAGCAGUUGAGAAGAAAAAAACAGCGGGAAAGAAGCUUCAAGGGAAUUGUUCAAUUGUAAAUUUCUUCAAUAAUUACCGUAAUUCCCAGUCUUCAUUGGAGCAGAAGAAUGUUAUAAACGUCCACGGUGUUAAAAUAUCAUCAUCACUCGGAUCCCCGUCUGCCAGUGAUAGUAAUUUCACUUGUAAUCAAGUUGAGCUGCCAGCUGAGAAUUCUCAUGAAGAGAUUGAUACAAACAACAGUGGAUAUAGCAGAGCUAAUAUGCCACAAGGAAGGCAAGCUUGGAGUUAUAACAUUGAUGAGAUUGACCCCUCAAUCAUUGAUGAAUUACCCCCAGAAAUCCAGGAUGAGUUUCGAGCCUGGCUUAGGCCUUAUAAGCGGACUAAUGUGGUUAAACGAGGUUCUAGUAUUACUCAUUACUUCUUACCUGACAAAAAGUAGAUAAAAUGAUUAUUGACUUUGGCGUGCUGUACAUAUUGUAUGAUAUUUUAGAAAUGUGCUGCUGAUUUGUGAUUGUCUACCUAGUUGAGAUUUUUAUGUUAUCAACGUGAGGAACCAUCUCGUUAUAUAUUAUGCUCCUUGUAAGGUUAUGUAAAUAUGCGUGCUUGUAUUCUU